AAUCCAUGUAUUUCUAUACAGAGGAUACAUAUUUACGUAGUAGGGGAGGAUGGUAGCAGACAAUGUCGGUACAUGAGCAGGACAUCACUGGUACAUGAAUACAAAAUGUAUUUAAAAGCUAUGAAUUGAGUAAAGAAGACUAUCGUUGGAUUCUGGACUGUCAAAGACAGACGAAGACGUAGAAGAAGAAGGUUUGUUGGUAAAGGAAGAAAAACAAGAUUGACAUGAAGAAAGACAUUGAGACGCUGAUAGCUGAGGAAAGAGCUGACAUCAUUUUCAAAUAUACUACGGCAGGGAAGGGUGGCGAUUGAUCCAUGGGAAGAUGCUGAGUGUCAUAUCUACAAAGUUAUUGAUCGCUUUGGCUUCAUGCAUGAGGAUGACUUCCCAGAACCUACUGCAUAUGAAGAAAAGUUUUCUUUCCACAGCUGAAGCAAGUGGAGGUAGAGAGAGCAGAGAAAUGGGUGAAGAUGGUCAAAAAGUGGGAUAAAUACAAAAACAGUGACAGGAUGGCCAACCGGGUGUAUAAAGGCAUCCCCCUGCAGCUCAGAGGUCGCGCCUGGGCGUUAAUGUUGGAUGUGGAGAAGACCAAGAAGGAUAAUGAAGGCAAAUAUGAGAAAAUGAAGGAGCAAGCCAAACUCUACUCGUCUGAAGUCAAACAAAUCGACCUUGACAUCAACAGGACCUUCCGGAAUCACAUCAUGUUCAUGGAUCGCUUUGGAGUCAAACAACAGUCCCUCUUCAACAUUCUGUCUGCAUAUUCAGCCUACAACACAGAAGUGAGCUACUGCCAGGGCAUGAGUCAGAUUGCUGCACUGCUGCUCAUGUUCAUGAACGAGGAAGAAGCCUUCUGGGCGCUGACCCUGCUGCUGACCAAUCGCAAACACGCCAUGCAUGGAUUCUUCGUUCCCGGGUUCCCAAAGCUUCAGCGAUUCCAGGCACAUCACGAUCAGAUUAUUUCCAAACUCAUUCCUAAACUGAAGAAACAUCUGGACAAAGAACAGAUGUCGGCUGGCAUUUACACUCCGAAAUGGUUCAUGCAGUGUUUCAUUGACAGGACGCCGUUCACGCUCACCCUUCGUCUGUGGGACGUUUUCAUCCUGGAGGGAGAGAAGCUCCUCAGCGCCAUGUCUUACACCAUCUUGAAGAUACACAAAAAGCGUCUCUUGAAGAUGUCUUUGGACGAGCUUCGGGAGUUCCUGCAGGAGCGGAUCGCUCAGACCUUUUUCUCCAGCGAUGACGUGGUCAUGGAACAGCUGAGGGCCUCCAUGACCGAACUGCGCAAGAUGAAGCUGGAUUUUCCUCCUCCAGGGAAGCUUGAAGAGCUGCCACGUAACCCUCUGGGUCAGGAGCUGCCAUUGCUGCUGAGCCCUCUUGAAGCCUCUAGAGGAAAGCCAUCUUCAGCCAGUGGUUGUCCCAAAGCAGGAGUGAAACUCCACAUCAUACGUAAGCAGGCAGAGUCCAUAUACCCAGACCACAGCCCCUCCAAUGACGUCAAGGAUCUAUGUCAUGCUGAUGAUGAGGAGGUGGUCACUCUGCCUUCCCCAGACCCCAUCAUUAUCCACAGCCAGGCCUUGCACGCCUCAGAUGACUUCCCACUUACCGGGCCACCGCCUUACCAGCCACCCAAAACUGCUGAUAAGCUCUCUCAGCCCGAUGACUCGGUACACUUGACAGACCACCUCGCUCCUGCGACCACUGACACACCGUCCCGAGGCGUCCUCAGGACUCUGUCAGCCCCCACGGAUUUGACACCGUCAGAAAGUACGGCAGAAGAGGAAGAGCGUCUGGUCCGGCUGUCCCAUUCUCUGACCUCUAACAGGACCCUCAAAGAGGACUCAAGUCCAGCUCUGAACACUUGAUCACCUCUUUGUUUUUUGGAUUUGCUAACAAGUUUUUAAGGCCUCAUGUAUGCUCACACCGUCCAUAGGCUAGCAUCUGAUGGCUGGUGAGGUGGUCACCGCGUACGUUAAUAUCUUGUUUUGCAAUGUUUUUUAAUGGGUAUGCAGUGUUUCGGGUAAAAUGGAGCUUUUGUGGUUUGUGUCAUGAGAAAUGUGAGCUCAUGUUUUGAAAGCUUUGUAACUACACAACAUGAAGUUAUUGAUUCACAGGUGUUGGUUUCAUUCCAUGCAGCGGUGGACAAUGCGUGCACCUUAUAAGGGCGAUUAAAUAAAAAAAAAACAUUCAUGAUGUUCCCUGGACUCCAUGUAAAUGAUUUUACAGAUCAUGUACACGUCAUAGUGCACGUAAUAUCUCACUAUUGAUUAACAGACGUGUUAUAAUGUCCAAGUCAGUCGUGCAGGGCUGGUGCGUGCUACAUGUGCGUAUGAGGUGUGUUAAGAAGCAGCGUUACGAUGCCAACUACUGGAUAGACAUGCAACAACAAGCUACAUUCACAGACUUCCAUCCAUCCUUUUUCUAUGCCGCUUAUUCUAAUUAGGAUCGUGGGUGUAUGCUGGAGCCUAUCCCAUCUGACUUCGAGCGAGAGGCGGGGUACACCCCGGACUGGUCACCAGGACACAUAUAGACAAACAUUCACACUCACAUUCACAUUCACAUUCAUACCUAUGGACAAUUUAGAGUCUCCAAUUAACCUAACAUGCAUGUUUUCGGACUGUCGGAGGAAACCGGAGUACCCACAGAAAACCCAUGCACGCACGGGGAGAACAUGCAAACUCCACUUCCUGAUCUCCUGACUGUGUGGCCAACAUGCUAGCCACUCGGCCACUGUGCCGCCCAACAUGGCAAUCUAAAAAAAAAAAAAAACAAAAGCGGCAAAACCUGCUGUGGUGGUACACAUUUAAUCAUGUAAAUGAUUGUAUGGGAAACACAUAUGAUUUUGCAUUGCUUUUAAACGGUAUACAGUAAUCCCUCAUUUAUCACGGUGAAUUGGUUCGAGACCCAACCUUGUUCAGUAGGAUUCCUUCUUUAAAACUGAAUGUUUUUGUAGAGCACAGAAAACCUGUUUACAACUGUCUAAAUAUUUUUUUAAACACUAUUAGAGCCCUCUAGACAUGAAAUAACACCCCUACAGUCACCCUUACGUUCAUAUUACCCAAUAUACGUAGUAGACAAAAGAGAAAAUGUGAUCUAUAAGACAUAAAUAAGAUUUGUUUGUGUUACUGUAAAUGUGUUCCGGUGCUAGGGGAGCUGAGUAGCGGGUGAACAGGAAGUGAUGUCGGGGGUUCAGAGUUUAGUUUUAGCUUGGCAUGAGUUAUGGCCGCAACAGUAGCCCGUGUUUGGGAUUAUUGUGCCUGUUGUGAGAUCAUCCAAACCUGCAAUAAAAGCCUGUUGUUCCGGCAAUCAAGUCUGGUGCUUGUUUGUCUCAGCGAACAUUACAGUAACAUUACUGACACCCAGUGACCGGUGUGGAAUACAACAUAUCAUCACAAAGUCUUUGAAUAUGUCUUCUUAAUGCCUUAUAUUUGUAUUUUCUUCAUUUUCCUGCUUCAAUAGGGCAAAACAUGCAUAAAAUGUGCUUAAAUAUGCAGAUUUUAUGAUGGCAAAUAGGCUGUAUUCAACCAUGAAACAGCAUGAUUUAUUAAUUUAUAUAUUUUUGAAAACCUCUGAUAGAGUGAAGCCGCAAAAUUCCAAGCAUGAAGUGAUGAGGCAUUACUGUAUUCUAGCUGUGUCAUUAUACACAAUAUUGGGUCCAGGAGAUGCUUAGCGUGCCUAAUCAGAAAGUAGGUCCAAAAUAUGCAUCGAUCUUGUUUUGAUCUGGCAAAUCUUAAGUAAGUUUGACCAAAUGUAGAAUUACUACAUCUUCUGCUUGAACAUUAGGAUUAACACCGUGGCAAGGAAUAUUUCCCAAUUACAUGUAUUAUCAUUCACAGUAGCGACGGCAUAGUUCACUGGUAGACUACUGGCCAAAGACGCUAGAGCAACCAUUUCUUUUUUUCCUUAAAAGAAAAAAUAUCUUAAAUAGCAAUUUUCACUUGAGAAAAAUGAUCUUACCCGGUAUACUAAGAAAGUAUAGCUAGCCAAUUCUUACGAAGAUUUGUUGUGCCAGAAGUUAGUUAUUUUUCUAAUAACAAGCUAAAAACCUUUUUUGGAUUAUUCUUCAACAACAGAUUAAGAAUAUUUGUCUUAAAUUGAGAAUAAAACUGGUUUCUAAACUUUCUAAGUUUAAGAAUGGACUCACACAUAGAAAAUGUAGGUAUCUAACAUUUAUCCAUCCAUUUUCUAUAUCGCUUCUCCUCUUUAGGGUGGCAGGGGCAUGCUGGAGCCUAUCCCAGCUGACUUCGGGUGAUAGGCGGGGUACACCCUGGACUGGUCGCUUACUGAAGACAACAAUAACAAUAAACAAUGUAAUGUAGAUGAUAUCACAUCUUAGUGUGUAAACGUGUAAUGUGGAGUCAAAUAAACAAGGUAACACAUAAGAAAAAAAAGAACGUUCUCCAGUGGUUAACUUCAGAAAGUCUAAAGUUCCCUAACGUUAAGGCAACCCACUAACACAGACGUUGCCCUGUGGGUGCAGCUGAUAGCUCCACACAACAUUGGUUUGGUUUUUGAUUGGUUGCUUUUUGGUAGCUGCAAGAACAAUGGGCCUCAUUCACGAAAAUCUUCUUAAAAGUCUUCUUAAGAAGUGUACUUAAGAAGGCGCGGGAUGGAAACUGCGCCGCAUUCACGACACGUUCUUAGGGCAAGACUGAGGAGCAGCUGGACAACAAACGAAAGAAAAACUUCAAUUCUACAGAAAUAGAGGUGCUUUUACAAGGAGUGAGCGAACACAAGACCACCUUAUUUUCACGUGUAUCCACCGGUCAUCAGGCCAUCCAAAAAGAGUCGGCAUGGAGGAAACAUGCAGGAAACAUAAAUGCCGUUUCCACGGAGAAACGCACCACCGCAGAGGUUAAAAAGAAGUGGUUUGACUUAAAAUAGACUCAAAAAAAAGAUUGGACUGCACCGGAGGGAUCUGGAGGAAACGGGAGGCGGGCCAUCCAUCAGAAACCAAACCAUUUCGGAAACUCUAGAAAAUAUUUACACCAUCAUGAUGGAAAAAUAAAGUCAAAAUACAUAGUUUGUGUGUGACAAUGUAUUUUUUCUGUGGUUACAUUUGAUUAGACGCUGCCUAAUUAAUACAGCAGCCCCGUGCUCUGGCUCAAGACGUGGCUGGGGGCGCAUUUCGUUAUCUGGGGGUGCUCCGUGCGCGAUAGACACACCACGUUUCAUUGCGAUGUUAUUCUGAUGAUCCUGAACACCUGCAAGAACAGAGAGGGAAGCCUGAAGCCUGAAGCGGGACAUCAAAUAUUCGUGGCUUUCAGCAAAUAAAUCUAAUGGUCCCUUUACAUUCUCUCUCUGCGCAGCGCACGUCCAGCCAGCUACUUUUUUUUUUUGUUGAUGAAUUGGGAUUUGAAUAUAUAUUUAUCGACGGAGUAUAUUUUAGUUGUUUUGAUGAUAAAUAAUUGUUGGGAUAUUUUAUUUGCACUACAUUUUUUGGGAUCAGGUUGCAAAAUCCAUCAUGAGGGCGAUUGCGCAUUGAAAGUGCAAGCUUUGCUUGUGCGUAAGAGUCCUCCUGAGCGUUCGUAGAAUUUGUUCCUAGAUCUAAGAACUUUGAGUUAAGAACACGUUUCGUGAAUGCCAAAAAUCUUCGUAAGAAGGCUUUAAGAACAGAUUUGUGCGUAAGAACGUUUCGUGAAUGAGGCCCAAUGACGGUGCUGACAAUAAACUUCAUGUUUAGGCUAUAAAUCAUUUGAAAAAUGUCUCAACUCUUCCCUGUUUAAGGACUAAAUACUGUUUUCCCAUGCAAGCACCUUCAUCACAUAGACAAGAAUGGCCAGGCAACAGUGCGCACACGUACGGCGGGAGACAAAUAUAACGCCGAGCGAUUAGUGAGAUGUGAUUUUUUUCGAGGAGGCAUUUUUGUGGUGCAAAUGUUUUGUAUUAGUCUGUUGAAUGCAUAUGAAGCCCAACUCCUUACUCCUAACCCGAGCGACUACCUGGAACUAUAUUCUUCAUCACCGAAAUCUGACCAGAACUGGUCUUAGGGCAGCAAGUGGGGGGUAAGUCUCUUUUGGUGUACUACACCACUGAUGGGGAUGUUAUAGGCUGUAUUCAUGUAAAAAAAAACCCAACUAUCUCUUUAAGCACAUGGAAUUGCAUUUGUGAAGUGCUAUAAAUGAAUCUGCCUCAGGCUACUCAUUUGCUUGUCUGUGCAAAGUGUUGUGAUUAAGUGACAAUGUCAGCCAUUGGGUAUUCAAAUGUCUGCUAUUCAACUGCAGACGUUCCAUUGUCAGGUUAAAUGUGUGCCAUGUUGGCUUUAGAAAGUGGAUCGACAACCAUCAACCAAAUGAUCAUACGCACAAAGAAAAGAGAAUUCCACAUGUUCUUGUAGCCUGUGUGACGUCUGUAAGUUCCAUUCCAUUCCAUUCCAUUUUCCUCCGCUUAUCCGGGUCCGGGUCGCGGGGGCAGCAGUCUCAGUAGGGAAGCCCAGACUUCCCGGUCCCCGACCACCUCCUCCAGCUCCACCGGGAGGACACCGAGGCGUUCCCAGGCCAGCUGUGAGACAUAAUCCCUCCAGCGUGUCCUAGGUCUUCCCCGGGGCCUUCUCCCGGCUGGGCAUGCCCAAAACACCUCACCAGGGAGGCGUCCGGGAGGCAUCCGGACUAGAUGCCCGAGCCACCUCAGCUGGCUCCUCUCGAUGUGAAGGAGCAGCGGCUCUACUCUGAGCUCCUCUCGGAUAACCGAGCUCCUCACCCUCUGUAAGUGACAUCAAAUAAAGCAUGCAAUCCUUAAAAACCGCUGCCAACAGCAAACUAACCGAGACUCUUUCAGAAUGUUUUUUAGUAUCUUGUUCUUUGUUUGUGAAUCGUCAAUUUUGCAUAAUUGACCUUGAUGUAGGUUUUUUGAAAACAUUUUUUAAAGGCUUUAAAAAUCCACAUAUUUAAAGUAAAUUCUUAAGUAAAUUCCGCAUUUAGGACAUCCCUGGGUUACGUAUUUUAUAGGGAGGUGGGAGUGUUAACAAUUGAGUGUGUCCAUUCUGUGUUUUGGUAGCAAUAUCACUAAAUGGCCCCCUGCUGUAUGCAUAGGCUGGCUGCAGGCUUCCACAGCGCUGCACACACACUGUGGCUUGUGGCGGUACUCUCGUGACGGCUUGUUGAUAACAGAGUAAAUGCAUGACGAAAGAAACUCUUGCUUUCUCUUGCUUUUCUCUUUUAAUGCUACAUCUCAAUAUAGUUAGGCGUUCCCUGCAGUUUUCUGUUCCGAGUUAACCAUCCAAUAAGUUAGUUUUUUAGUUUUGUGAUGUUGUGAUACUAGUUAGUAUCAAGCCUUUUCCCUCAAAGGCAAAGUUUUAUUGUUUUUUUUUAAACAUUCAUUGCGAAUCACCUGGUGUAUGUCAUGUGACUGAUCUGAGUCUGGGUUUCAGUUGUCUCUGUUGUAAUUUGUGACCAUGUGUAAAGUGCCAUGAGAUAACUGCUGUUGUGAUUUACCACUAUAUAAAUAUAAAUACAUUCAACUGAAUUGCAUUGAUGUGUUUGUGUGCCUUUUUCAGCUCAGCAGAUUUCUGUCACCACCCACUUCAUGUCAUUUUUUGUGAUUGCCUCAUGUAACACCAUAGAUUCAUCUUUUACAAAUACCACGGGUACCUUGUCGACCAUGCUGUGUACAUACAUCUACUGAUGCCUGGUCUGGACACAUCUUCAGUUCCUUGGAUCUUAAGGCGUUUCGGGUCUUUCAACAUAAUA